UUGCUACUCUCGACGGACACCGGAGUGCUACAACAUCUCAACCCGCCGCCGCCACCCACCCCCUACCCCCAAUCGGAGUGCAUCUACCAAAAAUCCGGCGGCCUCCACCGGUGAACCAGCCGUCGCGCCUCCCGAGUUCCCCAAGUCGCGCCGCCACCGACCUGCAAUUCGGCGUUUAGAUAGAAGAGCGACCUAAUUCCCAAAUCCCGACCCCAAUAUAUCCAGAUCCAUGGCGCUCUCUACUGUAUUGUUCCACCCCAUCAACCUGAUGGAGCCAUACGCUGCCGGCUCCACCUCCCGACGCUCCGGCUCUCCCGACUGGGUCUUACUCCACAGGUCGGCGCGUUUCUCCGACCUCCAGAACUCAACCACCGUCAAGUCCAAGACGAGGGAUGGCCAGGCCGUCGAGGUGUCCUUCUGGCUCGUCCAUCCGCCGGGUGUCUCCUACUUCUCCGUCCACUGCCCCGGCCUGAAUGAGGAUGACUUCGUCAGCGAGCCCUGCGUCAUCUGCGCGGAGGCGGCCCUCGUUCUCUUCUGCGUAACCCUCAACAUCCCUGGUAAUUUGACGUCCACCCACCACUUUGUCUACAGAGCCGGCCCCGGGGAGCCAGCACUGCACCUGCUUCCGGACCCCAAUCCCAAUGUUGCAGUGUCUGCAGCUGCAGCCCUGAAAUUUGGUCUCUUGCCGUUCCACGACGAGCACUAUGCCGUGGUAUUCCUAAAUCGGCACUUGACCAAAUAUGGGACUUGGCAUUUUGUUGUCGACCUCUUCUCGUCCAAGGAUCAGGCGUGGAGCACUAAGCUGGCCUCUCUGGGGUUAUUAUCGGAUUCUCAGUUAGAGUUUUUGGCCUCCCACGUGUCCUGCAAGCAGAUCGUGGUUGGGAGCAGCUCACUGGGUUGGGUUAUCUUCUGCGUGGUAUUAUUCUUCUUCGCAACCCGUCCGAUAAAUACCCUAUGAUCGAAUACAUCUCAUUUCCUGUGUCAAGGCCUUGCAUCACAGUCAAUGAAGGAUACACUGCCCAACGUUUUCGCGAUGUUGCCUGCUGCCAUAAUUUGAUCAAGUUUGUCGACAUAGAAUUUCAUGACCGUGGGUGCAGCAGAGAUAAAGGUUGGAAAGCCUCCACAUGGAACAUGAACAUUUUCUGGAACGAAUGGCGCCCACGCCUCACAGUUGAAGUUGCUGAUAUCUUGGUUCACCCAAGUUAUGAUGCUUUAUUGCCUGAGCUGCGGGACCACGAGACACAAAAACUGGAUCUGAGGAAACUGAUUACACAUACCCCCACCCUGAGCAUGUAUGAUGAUGAUUUUCUCUACAUUACGUGCAAAGUGAAUGAUGAAGACCACAAGGCCUGGGUCAUCGCAGUGGACAUGAAGCUUGAGGCUGUGGUAGCAGUGGCCCCGUUUCCUGCUAAACAAGACAGCCUCAUGCCAGUGUACUAUCCAUGCGCGUUUUCCAAGCACCUCAACAUAACCCCUGGGCUUGAUGUGGCCGAUCCAGUGCGCAAGUAUUUCAAGGGGAUGGAUGCAGCGAAAUGUGCUCUGGAAAUUCUGUGGACUCAAGACUGGCUCAGGGAACUUGAUGAAUGGUUGGAAUUUGAGGGGUCAUGUUACACCGAUUGCAUAUUACUAGACUGUUGCCCAGUAUCAUCUCUACGUUUCAAUAUUCAAUCAGUAGUAGAAUAUGCUUCUUGUAAUGGUCGAGGCAAAGCUGCCUCCGAAGCUGUGAAUGUUUGCUUACGAGCUUUGGAAGAUUUCAAUUUCCAACUGCGCAAGUCACCGAGUGAUCCAGUAUUAUCCGCUGAAGCCUUGAGGAGCAAAAUCAGUACCACCCUUGGAGCUUUAAACACUGUCUUGCAAAUUGCGCCACAUACAAUGAUGGCGAGAAGAAGGAAGCUUCCAGAUGCCUGCCACCAAAGAAAAGGAAAACAAACAAUUGAACAUUGUGAGAGGCCAGGCGAUAACAGUGACUACAGACAUGGCUUUCCUGAUGAUGACCUGCUUGUGUCGACCUCAACAUCCAGAUCCAUGCCGCUCUCUACUGUAUCGUUCAGUCCCAUCAACCUGAUGGAGCCGUAUGCUGCCGGCUCCACCGCCCAACGCUCCGGCUCUCCAAACUGGGUCUUACUCCACUGGUCGGCAUGUAUUUCUGACCUCCAGAACAAAACCACCGUCAAGUCCAAGACGAGGGAUGGCCAGGCUAUUGAGGUGUCCUUCUGGCUCGUCGAGCCGCCGGGUGUCUCCUACUUCUCUGUCCACUGCCCAGGCCUGAAAGAGGAUGACUUUGUGGAAGAACCCUACGUCAUCUGUGCGGAGGCCGCCCUUGUUCUCUUCUGCGUGACCUUCAACAUCCCAGGCGAUUUGACGUCCACCCACCAUUUCGUCUACAGAGCAGGCCCCGGGGAGCCAGCACUGCACCUGCUCCCGGACCACAAUGCUCCAGCAUACGAAGCCUAG